CCUUAUCGGAUGAUUCCAUAUGGUAGAAACAGCAAGUUCACGGGCCGUGGAGACCUCAUUGAGGAGGUAAAGAGGCUUUCCGCGGGUAGCAACCACAACCGGAUUGCACUCCACGGAUUGGGCGGUUCCGGGUAUGUGUCCAUCAUUGUUACCAGAAUUUCGUUACCGGCGUUUCGUGGGUUUAUUAACAUUGCCCAGAAAAACGCAGAUUGCACUCGAAUACGUUUAUCAGCGGGCAAGCGAGAGCGAUUGUCAUGUUUUUUGGGUGCAUGGAAGUGGGGUACAAAAGUUUAGUGAGGGUUUCAGAGCCAUUGCGCAGCAUGUUCGGAUUCCCCUAGCCAGCGCCGAGAUAGAGGAAGAGGGAUUCCUAUUAAAUAUACGGAGGUGGUUUGAAGGUCCAGAUAAAGGCGAUUGGAUACUGGUUAUUGACAACGCCGAUAACGAGGAGGACUUUACCGGAAAUAGUGGUCACAUCUCGAAAUUUGUACCACAAGGUCCUAGGGGUACUCUAAUAUUCACCACAAGAUCUCUCCAAGUCGCAUCAUGGCAGGAUUGCGAUAGAAUCGAUGUCGGGAAAAUGGAGGAGGGUGAAGCACAAGAAUUGUUCUUGAAACGCUUAGGCAGCAGGGACGUUUCGAGAGAUGAAGAAAAAGAGGCGAUCGCACUGAUACUGGACUCCCUGCAUCAUAUCCCACUGGCAAUUGUGGGGGCGGCAUCCUUCAUGACAGUAACCCAGACACCCCCAUCAACUUACUGGACAAUUUUCCGGGAAAGCGACGAACAAGCAAAGCGACUGCUUUCACAGCCGUUUUGUGGCAUCCAACGAGAAACUGAUAUGACCGAAAGCAUCCUAGCUACGUACUUUAUCACCUUUGACCAGAUCACACAGCAGAUGCCCAAAGGGGCGGGUCUUCUGCGCCUAAUUGCGUUCUUCGAUCGUCAGAACAUACCCGAAGAGCUAUUGAGCCGAUGCGGUUUGGAAGGGAUGGAUGAUGCAAUUGAGUUUCGUCAGGCAAUUGGAAAACUAUUGGGAUUUUCACUAGUCACGGCUGUCAAAUGUGAGGACAAGACAUUUUACGAACUUCAUCGUUUGGUCCAACUGUCUCUCCAGGUUUAUUUACCAACAGAAGAAUUGGAUCGAUGGAGGGCCACUGCGCUGGGAGUGGUUUCAGGGCUGUUUCCUCGAGAUUGGAUCACGUGGAGAGAUGUUAGUUCUGUAUAUAUUCCACAUGCACUUGCAGUAACCAAAAAUUCAAUGGAUCCCAUUGCUGAAGAGCUUUGCUUCCGCCUAGGACGGUACCUUAUGGAUAAGGGUUUCUACAAUGAUGCAGAAGUUCAAUUGCGUCGAUGUAUUGCACUUCGGGAAGGGAGUAAAGAGUAUGACUGGGAUGAAGAAGGCCCAAGGAGAGUUAUGCUCCUAGGGGGGGUAAGCAUAUAUCAAGGAAGGGCAGAUGUGGCCGAGGAGAUACUUCGGAAAUUAUUAGAGGAUAUUGAGGAAUCAUUGGGCCUAAAUAAUCUCACCGUCCUGGAGGCCGUCAGCUACCUGGCUCUGGCACUGGAAAAGCGUGGAAGGUACGAUGAAUCCGAGAUGCUGAAGCGGCGUGUACUAGAAGGGCGCGAGAAGAUUCUUGGACCAGACCACCCGGACACUCUAACGGGUAUCAAUAACCUGGCUCUCGUGCUACAAUCCCAAGGAAAAUACGAUGAAUCGGAGGCAAUGGAUCGGCGUACACUGGAGGGGCGUGAGAAGAUUCUUGCACCAGACCACCCAGACACCCUAACAAGUGCCAACAACCUAGCCCUUGUGGUACAAUCCCAAGGAAAGUAC